UUUCUGGUUGCGAGCAGACUCCAUAGUUCAUCAUAGCAUUGCCGGCGCCCUGCAGAUGAUGAGCGGCGGCGCUGCUUCAAGGAAACUCAUCGCCUCCACACCAAAAAGGUUGCGCUUUCGGACGUACAUUUCUUUCUUACGGUUUGAAGAACAACAAAUCCCUCACACAACCGCCACUGCUGCAAAUUUGAAUUUAAAUCGAAGCAAUUUCUCCUUGGCAUUGCAAAGCAGAGGCGAAUCAUCUCUGUAUGUUGGCUUCAGUUCAUCUUACGAUUGGAAUGUACGGAUGCGUGAAUUGGGCCUCCAAGGCAACCUCCUUGCUGCUCGUAAGCUGUUCGACGAAAUGCCUGAACGGGACAAGGUGUCGUAUGCUUCAAUGGUUAGUAUCUAUCUAAAGCACCGCGAGUUCCAAAGGGCUGAGAAGCUUUUCGAGAGAAUUCCAGCCAGCAUGAGGAGCGUUGUGGUGGAUUCGGCCAUGGUGCACGCUUAUGCUGACGCGGGAAGAAUGGAUAAAGCUAAGCAGUUGUUCGAUGAAAUGCCUGAGAGGAAUGCUUUUUCUUGGACAAGUUUAAUUUCAGGGUAUUUUAAAAACGGUCAAGUGGAUAAUGCUCUUGAGCUAUUUGGGAGAAUGCCGGAAAGAGAAAGGAAUGAGGUCACCUGGACUAAUGUGAUUGUGGGUUUAGGAAGAAAUGGAUUUGUCGGCGAAGCUCGGGCUGCUUUCGAUCGGAUGCCUGUAAAGAAUGUUGUUUCUUGUACCUCAAUGAUCAAGGUUUAUAUCGAAGAUGGCCAGAUCGACGAGGCGUUUAAAGUAUUCCAUACAAUGCCCAAUCUUAAUUUGUACUCUUGGAAUAUUAUGAUUUAUGGGCUUUUGAACGACAGCCGAGUUUUUGAAGCCAAGAAUCUGUUUGAUUCCAUGCCUCGGAGAAAUGUGGUUUCUUGGACUACCAUGAUAACAGGUUUUGCACAAAAUGGGAUGAUUGAGUUUUCGAGGAGAUACUUUGAUGAAAUGCCGAGCAGGGAUAUUUCAGCGUGGAAUGCAAUGAUCACAGCUUAUACUGAUGAAGGUCUUAUGAGUGAAGCGAGUGCACUAUUUAAGUCGAUGCCGAGUAGAAAUAUUGUGACUUGGAAUGCAAUGCUGAAUGGGUAUGCCAAAGAGCAGCAGGAGGAUGAAGUCUUUAGACACUUUAAAUUGAUGCUUAGCAGUAGCGGUGUAAGACCUAAUGAGAUUAGUUUUACAUGUUUACUGACUUCGUGUCAUGGCAUUCUUGAGGUUUCACAAGCUCAUGGACUCGUCGUCCAUCUCGGAUUUGAAGCAGAAACCUCACUUGCUAAUACUUUGAUUACUAUGUACUAUCGAAGUGGAGAUGUCGCCUCAGCCUGGAUUAUUUUUGGCAAUCUUGAGUCGAAGGAUGUUGUCUCUUGGACCGCAAUGAUCUUAGCGUAUUCUAACCAUGGUUUUGGUAUGCAAGCAUUGCAGACAUUUGCUCGGAUGGUAAGAUCAGGAUGCAUUCCCGAUGAGAUUACUUUUAUUGGAGUUUUGUCGGCAUGUAGUCAUACCGGCCUUGUCAAGAAAGGCCAAAUGCUUUUCGAUUCUAUGAGGACGUAUGGUUUAGAUCAUUCCCCAGAGCACUACUCAUGCCUUGUUGACAUCCUCGGACGAGCUGGGCUGGUGAAUGAGGCUCUGAAAGUUGUACGUAAGAUGCCUCCUGACAAACACGAUUCUGUAGUGCUGGGGACAUUGAUCGGGGCUUGCAAGUUGCAUGGAGAAGAUGGGCUAGCUAAUCUAAUAGGCGAUAAGCUGAUAGAUCUUGAACCAGGUAGCUCGGGAGGGUACGUGAUGUUAGCAAACGUGUUUGCUGCAUCAGGGAAUUGGGAGAAAUUUUCGGAUUUGAGGAGGAAGAUGAAAGAAAGGGAUGUUAAAAAGACCCCUGGUUUUAGUGAAAUUCAAGUUUAUGGGAAAAGAUAUGCAUUUUUGGCACGAGACAAAUCUCAUCCCGAAUCGAAGGAGAUUUAUUCGUUGCUGAAUGAGAAACUCCUCCCCCAAAUGCAAGAUUCUGUCGACAUUAUUAAAGAUCUACCAAUUACAUGACUGAGGGCGUGUAUAUAAUUAAUUUACACUGGUUUUUCUUAUGAUGAAAGCGGUCAGCUCCCAAAUCGACAAUUGAAUCUGGGCAAUUAUAUGAAGCUGUCGAUUUACAGGUUACAUGGUUUGGUUCUAGAUGUAGAAACUGAAAGCACUUCAAAGCGAUACCCCACAAAAUUGACUUUGGUAGCAGCUACUAAAGAUGCAUCAAAACUUUAAAUUGCCAGCAGUAAAGAUGGAUUCCCGAGUAAUGGCUGUAGUAAUUGUUGGGACUGUGGUAUUAUUGUAUCAAGAUGGACAAUGUAGCCUCACGUCGCCGUUCACUUUUCCUCCUCAUGUCAUUCCUAUGUAUGAUAGAAGAGAACAAGAUCAAAACAAGAUUUUUGUUGUGAGUGAGACAUUUCGUAUUGGUCCUCCGAUGAUAGACUUCAUCUUUUCAUACGGACAAAGCAAUAAUAAACGAAGGAAGGCAACAAAUACAGUGGAAGAAAUUUUGGGGAGAAGAAAGAAGAAAAAACGAAAGAAAAACAGAAGAAAGAAAGAGGGAGAAUAAAAAUAAAAUAAAAAUGGCCAUGUUAUUUUGAAUGUCAAUUUCAAUAGUUUGGUCUUAGUUGUGAAUUGAGUUUAAUUACACUAUUAACUAGAACCUCUUGGUAUAUAUUAUAUUUUUCCUUAGAAAGCUUCGUUAUAUAUAGUUGUAAGUUAUUACCUUAA